AUCUUUCAUCUUAAUUAUAUAAUGUAUUAACUCAUCCAAUAAAGUGUAUUAUUAUGCAAUAACACUGCUGAAAUUUGUGAAGAAAAUAAGUUCACAGAUAAAAAUUUUUGUUCAACACUAUUACUAGUUUGGGAUUUUAUCGAAGAUGAUUAUAACAUGGUUGAAGAAAUACUAUCUUAUUUUUCAUCCAUUUGUUAUUCUUCCUCCAAAAUUAGUAAAUCCUCAAAACGUAAGAAGUUAGUUAGGUCAAAAACUAUCUUCUUUGUAAUGAAUAUAGGAUGUAAACUUGACUUACCUUCAAUACUUAUUCCAAAACUGACAAGAGAAUUAAAUAAACACCACUUUUUUGGUGAAAGAGAUAGUUAUGACUGCCAUGCACUUUCUAUUACUCUCCUCAAUUAACGAGUUUCUUUUAGUUGUUUCUUUCUUUCUUUUUCUCUCAUUAAUAGAUUGAAUCUUGGCAUUAUUAUUUAAACUAUUCUUAAACUAUUUCACAUUAACUAUAAUUAAUAGUAAAUUUUAAGAAAGAAAAUAGUAAAAAGAAAAAGCCCUAAAAAUGAGAGAAAAAACUGAAAAAUUGACAUCCCAGGCUGAAAAUGCAAUACAUUGCUGCUUACAUCCUUUGCACUAUUGGACAUGAACAUGCUGAAGAAGCUAAGGUCAAAGAAAUCCUCAGCGCUGCUGGUGCUGAAAUUGACGAAGCUAAAAUCAAAGAAGUUUUCGAUGCCAUGAACGGUAAGAACGUUUGGGAAGUUAUUGAAGCUGGAAAGAAACAAAUGGGAUCAAUGGCUGUUGCAGCCGCUGCCCCAGCUGCCACUACUGCACAAACUGAAACUAAAGCUGAAGAAAAGAAAGAAGAGAAAAAAGAAGAAGAAGAAGAGGAAGACUUCGGUGGAUUUGGUGAUCUUUUCUAAACAAAGAGUUUAAGUUGUUAAAGUAUUUUUAUGUUCUCUUUUUUGAUGAGACUAACCUUGUAAACUACUAUUAUUUGUAUGAAUAAAAAAGGGUAUUUAAUAACCAAAAUAUUUUAAUAGUCAUGAGAUGAAUUACUUAUAACCACAAAAAUUGUUUUUUCUUUUCUUUAAGAAAGUCACUACCAUUAUAUUCCCAAAACAAGUACAAUAUUUGUUUAAACAUAUUGUUAGCUAUUCCCAUCAACCAAUUCUUUUCUUUUUAAAGAAAUUAAUUCAUGGCUAGAUAAAUAAUGGCUAAUACAUUCAUAACACAAUACUUAGUUAGUUUAAAUGUUUACAAUAAAUACUAUGACCAAACAAAACUAUAUACUUUUAACUAUAAUACAAUAUGAAUAUAAAUGUUUCAAUAAUCUCUUUUAAUAAUUAAAUAGAGUCUUUCUAAUUAAAGUUAAUUAAUUAAUUUAUUAGCUUGGUUUUU